CACAUGACUGUACAAAAUGGCUGACCCAAUAACAAAUCCAGUUGAUUUAACACUACAGUCCCAGUCAAGUGUAUCGUCAUCUGUGACUGAUGAAAAUGAAAGAAAGAGUAACAAAGAAAUCACAAAUGAAAUGGCUACCAAUUUCUUUAAAUUUCUAAAUUUCAGCGUUGCUAAAGAGGUGUGCAUUUGUAAAUAGAAUAAGAGUACGUUAUUCAACUUCAAGAUUAGCCAGCAGUGCCCGAGCAGUGCAGACCUUUUUUCAUUGACCUUAUUAAUUUAUUAAUAAGCCCUUAAUUUAAAUAUCACUAUACUCACAAGUACUAGUUAGUAUAGUCUUACCCACCCUAUCUGAGAUGAGCCUAUAAGCUACGUAAAGUUAUUAAUAGCAUGCAAACUUUUUGGUGGAUUAAACUGGGAUGAACAUGGACGUCAUGGACUCGAUUUUGGCCUCUUGUAAUUAGGUACUUUAAUACAAAAUUAAACAAAAUUUAAAUAAUUUGUUUAAUACCACAGUUAGUUAGAGCAAAUUUCAUAUAAAAAAAUGAAACCAGAAUCAACUUUUUAGCUUAAGUACUUUUUGAGCUACGAAUUUUUAAAGUGUGAGUUUGUUUGGUAUUUUUUACGCUGGACGAAACCUCCACAUCUUGUGACCUCAUUCCGCUGAUCGUGUCAUGCGCAAUGACUAUAAACUUUAUAUAAGGCAACGCAUCGCCUUAUCACUAAAAUACUGUUUUGGGUCGACUUAGUUAAAACUUUCAACUUUGGCACAUGAAUAAUUAAUUAAAGCUUUCCCUGACCAAUGGUAUAAUAGUUUUUGCACACGGCAAACUCUUAAGAAUGAAACUCUGAAGUAGUACCACAAUACAGCCAUUAUGCAAGUGGCUGUGAAUGGUUGCCAAUGACAACUUGUUGCACACCGUAAAUUCUGAUCACUUAUAAUAUGGACUCUACCAGGUUUUUGAAGCUCAAAUUAAAACAUUCCAGUUUAAAUGUCUUCAAAAUGCAUUCUGAAACACAAGUUAUCAAAUAUUUUGAUGUAAAUAGUGGUAAUAAAUUAAUAUUUCCUAAGUAUCUGCAACUUCUACCAUUAAAAACGGGGCGUGGCCCACCCCAUGGCGAAAUUAGGUUGAGCGAGCUGCAUGACUGCUGUGAACCCGUAGAAACAUGGCGUCUUUUGUAAAUGACAUAUCGCUGUGGAAAUUGGCAUACAUGUAGAUCAAUACAUUCCCCAGAUACAAAAAAAAUUUGGUAGUGACAAAUCUUUUACUUCGACUUAAUUUUAAUGAUAAUGUUGCCUUAUAUUUACCAAGGAUUUUCUCAAAGCUGACUGAUUGUAAAUGAAAAAGAAAUUGAUUAAAAUGUAAGCCAAGAUGUCUAACAAAAUAUAAGGCUGGAAAUGGAACUCAAAUAUAUGUCAAAAACACUCAUUUAAUAAUAAAUAGACACACACAUCGGAAAAAUAAAAACUUGGAUUUUUCAGCGCCGAUUGCCACUUACGAUACACAAAAAGUACUAGUCUCCCUUGAUUUACCGAAGUAUCUACUUGUAUUACUUGUAAUUUUAAUUAGUAAAUAAUUUAUAUUUUUGAGUUGGGUGUUGGGCUGAUUCUUAGUUUUCACCCUGUGACGUCAUUUGUGUGUUUUUUAAAGUUGCAGUGAAUUAGUGUUCAGGUUAGGCAUAGGGAUCGAUUUAGCGAUACAUUAGCGACAAAAUUAACUGGUUGUGUCAACGAAGAUGGCGGCCAUCGCGGGACGUUUUCUAAUAAUUUACCAGAAGAGUAGGGGGAAAAUUCUUAAUAGAAGCGUGGGGCCAACUUUGCUGGUAGAAGAAUAGAAAUAGUAUAUAGGGCAUCAAAUUUGAGAAUUUUUUUUAAAAUUAAAAAGUGCAAGUUCAAAUGAUAUUUUUUUAAAAUUUAAUUUUUGAGCUCAGACUUAAAGCAGUAAGACAUUUACCAUCUCCAGGCAAAAAGACCCUGGCCCAGAGCUCUGAGCUCCCUCCAAAUCCCUGCUGAAAAAUUAUUUUUGACACUGCCAGAGUAUUUGCUUAUUCGAAAGGUAACACUUGUCACAGUACAAAAUAAUAAUAAUAAAGUUUUUUUGGGAGCUACAAUUUAGGAGUUCCUGGGGUAGCCAGAUGGUUCGCCACUGGGGCAAAACACCCAUUAAAGGUCCCGCAAGAUAGGGUCCCUGGAGGGUCCAUAAGGGCUUUGGCUCAGGUCACAGAUAUAAUUCCAUUUAUUGUAAGAAUUUCAGACUCUACUAUUUUCUUUUCAGGAAAACAAAUUCAAUGACAGUGUAGAAAUGAUGCUGACUAAGCUUGAUGAAUUUUUUUCUCUUGUGGACAUGGUAAAGUAUUGAUAAUUAGGAAAUUAGUUUGUGAAAAAAUGCGCAGACAUUAACUUUAUGGGGAACAUCAGUCAUGUCAUCACUAACAAAUUAAAUAAAAAUUUAUGACAACAAAAUUAGCAACAGCGAUGACUGAUAAUGGGGGUUCUGGUACAGCCUUAAAGAAAUCUAUGGUAUUUUGCGUAUUAAAAAUAUAAACACUAACAAGUUAGAUGGAAUGAGCCAAACAAAUAUCAUCCAACCAGUAUCAUCCAACCUAUAUCAUCCAACCAAUGUCUGACAUUGUCGCCAGAAGAAACAUGAAAUAAACUGGACUGCUGACCAUACUGUAGCUUGGAGAAAAGAAUUCCAUAAUAAAAUCAUGGAGGUCUUCCCUCAUCUGGAGACGGUCAACAUUUGUGGCCAGAUGACAGGUUGUGUCCACCAAGCUCUGUGGACCUAACCAAUGCAAUCAAAAUGAUGCAAUCUGUCUCUUAUUUUACCACAUCUUAUAACUUCUAAUUAAAUUUUAUUUGGUCCAUUUAGAUCUUAAAUAGGAAACAGAAAUAUAAAUAACAGUUAACUGACGGUUCAUUUUGACAGAGGGUAAUACGCUAUGUGUUUCAAAUUUAGAUAAGGAGUGACACGUCACUGUGUUUAACCACAACACUGCCACAGAUUCAGGACAAAUGUGCCCAGAUGGAGGCCAUCUUUGACAAAAUAGAUAAACUGGAGGUUAGUACUGACUUUUAACUCCUUUGUACCCGGUGCAAGAAAAGCUUUUUUAAUUGACUUAACUUGCUAAAGUAUUUCUUAAAUGUCUUUAAAAGAAACUGGAAAAAAAGUCAAUGUUAUUGAUUUCACUAAAGUUAUUUAAGUUUAAGAUUCAGGUUUUUGUUUUUUUACAGUUCACUGGGUCUUCAUUUAAUAAUUAUCUUUAAUUUUAAAUGAUGAAUUUUUGUGCGUGAAUUUUAGGAGUUUGUUGGCAUCGUGAGGGAAUGUGUAGCAUUGACAGAAGAGAAAGUAGCAAAAGCGGAGACCGACCUGGGGACUGUUGGAGGUCUAGUCAAGAAAUUAACAUCUUUAGUCUCCAUGGUAGGACUCCGAAUGAAAUAGAUUUAAAAAUUGAAAUAAUAAUUCAUUGAGGCAUACAUCAGCUGGCAUGAGACAAUCAAGUGGACACUGGUUAAGGCCAACUGGUUAUCACUCUCUCAUUCAAUUCUAACCGGUCAAGCCAGACUGGUUCUCACUCUCUAAUUUAACUCUAACUGGUAAAAACAGACUGGUUCUGUUCUCACCCUUAUUCAGCUCUAAGCGGUCGAGCCAGAGAGAUUCUCUCUCUCAAAAUUGUUCUGUCAGCUCCCUACCUCUCACCCGCAUGGAGAUUUUACAAAUUAAAUAAUACUACUUUCUACCUUUCAGGUUUUUCUAAGCAUACUUUUCAUUCUCACAAGAUUUUCCCCACAGUGUCUCAAUAUAUAUUUCGCUUCUGGUGCGCCGGCUUCCUUUUCACAACCGCCCCCCCCCCCCCCCCCCCCCCCCCCCCUCUUUCUACCUUUCUGGUUUUUCUAAGCAUACUUUUCAUUCUCACAAGAUUUUCCCCACAGUGUCUCAAUAUAUAUUUCGCUUCUGGUGCGCCCGGCUUCCUUUUCACAACCCCCCCCCCCCCCCACCCCCCAACCUGCUCCACAUUUUUAUAUUAAUACGACUGAGAAGAAAAAAAGGUUGUCAAUUGGUGAGCUUUCAUGAACUCCAGUAAAAAAAAUUAGAAUUUUUUUCUUAAGUGGGAGGCGACUGUUAUAUUAAUCAAUAAAGAGCCAUGGGUAUGGUGUAGGACUGACUGUCUGGGACUGUCUGUAGGACUAUUCUUUAAAAGCCUGCAUAUGUUAUAGAAAAUGAGAAGUUAACUCUUUUUUUGUAACACUUGGACCCACCAGGUUUUUUUAAAAAUACCCCGACGCGGUGUUAAAAAACUGCACCCAGUUAAGCCCUAGUUUUAAUUAUUGUACUGGAGGUUUGAAUAAUCCUAAUGAAUAGUUCUUUAAAGUUAUUUUUAAAAAUAAAGCUAUACAUUAUUGUUUUUAAACCAAUUUGAACACAGGAAAAACAUGCUAAUUUGAUGGUUGUUAAAGACUCGUUAAUUUUUUAAUAAAAAUCAAUAUUUAUUUAAAAUUUAUUGAAUAAAGAUCGCUAGAAUUGUAUCCACUAAUUGGGUCACAUAUUUCAAUGAAAAAUGUUUUCAUCUAUUAUUCUUUUGGCUUUUUGACAUUCCUGCUGCAAACUUUCAUGGCACAAUUUUAUUAAAAAUAUAUUGUCCUACUGUCACUGUUAUAUUUUGUUUUAAAUAAUACCAGAGACAAUGUAGUUCAAACAGUGAGUGAUUUUAAUAGCAACAUUCACUCACAAUAAUUCCUAUGUUUCACAAAAAUAUGAAGAUACUUGGAAUUAUUUAACACAAUUUCAAUUCCUCUUAAACUUCUUUAAUGUAAUCUUCUUUUGCUUGAUAAUGUUGUCAACAAAUCUUGAUGCAGUGUAAACGGCUUCUGUUCAUUCCACCAUCAUUCUCUCUAUUAUUCAAAGAAAACUCUGAUUGGCCAUUUCCUCUCAAGUCCCAACACUCUGUGUAUUAUAUUUAUAUAUAAGAAAUAUUAAGCAUAUUACUUGUCUCCCAUUAGUGGCUCACAUAUUCUUAUCUGUGACACGUAGGGGUUCCAUUAUGUAAUGACAUCUCAUUAGAAGUGAUAUCAUCAUCUAAUGGCCUCUAUUAUUUCUCCAUGCCCCAUCAGAAGAAGACGCCAGUCCUGGCCAGUUCCAAACCCAAGAGACCAGACUUCAUCCCACCGAAGAUCUACUCGACGCAGGACUUUUUCUCACACUCCCAAGAUGAUGUGCCAACAGCAGCAGCUGCAGAUUUCUCAGCUGAGUCUACGCUUGACCCCAGUUGACCAUAACAUGAAUCUUGAUGUUUUUGUUCAGUUCGUGAUGUAUUGUGUGUGUGUUGCUGGGGUGGCAUGUCUCAGAGUAACGGUUGUUAAAAGAUUUCAGAAUUUUCAUAGCCGUAAAAUUUCAAAAGAAAAAAGAAAAUGACAUGAAAAAAAACCAAGACAUUUAUUCAUAAUUAAUUUUUUUUAUUACUUAAACUUUUGACUGGACUGUGGGAAAAACUCAGUGGCUUUGAACAGUGUUAAGCGCUUGAAAUACUUGCCAUUGGUCUUGGCAACCCAUGCAAUGCCUCUGUAUUCAGUUCUCAUUUGUUCAUCCACAGUUUGUUCAUUAAAGCUCAUUAGUUUUUUGUUCUCCAUUAGUGUAAGUCACUAUCACAUCAGUGUAAGUAAAUAUUACAUCAGUGUAAGUCACUAUCACAUUAGUGUUACUAUCACAUUACUUUUCAAAUUUUUCUUUCCAUCUCUGAUCACAGUUGUAAAAUGUUCUGUUAUAGAGGAGUAGACACGGGCCAGGAUAUUAAACACCAUGCUAGUCAAAUAAUAUGAUAUCUGGCUGAAUGUCAAAAUAUUUUCAAACUUUGAUAUAUCGGUGCCUCUCUCUGAGUUAAUAACAUUAAAUAAAAUGUGUUAAGUUAUACGAUUGCUGGGAAAAUGGGUUUUUAAAAUUAUGUAAAUGUUUUUAGUAUUUUUUUAAAUGAUUAUUUUGUUAUCAGUUCUUUAUGGGUUUUUUUUGUGUGUUUUUUUUUGUGUUGUCUCAUAACUUGACUCAUGACUAAAAUUUAAUAAAAAUAAAUUCAGAUUCUAAGGUCGCUGCGAGUGACAGGAGUGAAACUUCUCUAAGGGGGAAAAUGCUAGCCUCACACUAAGAGCAGCAGGCACGGCCAUCUUAACAGCAUCAGGGCCCUGCACAAACUAAUGCACAGAUGCCCCCCAAUUCCUCGCUAAUCUGUUCAAGUAAUGUUAGCUAAGGCAUGUUAGGCACAGGUGUUAUAGCUAAGGCAUGUCAGGCACAGGUGUUAAAGCUAAGGCAUGUCAGGCACAAAUAGUGUGUUUUUUCAGACAAUUUCAUGGGGGAAGGGGGUGGGGGUGCAGCUUUUCAUGGGUUCAGGAAAGGGGGAGGUCAUCUAUCUGCACCAAAGUUAGGCAUGAUGUAAACAAGGGCCAACUCUGACUUAGUCAUCUGAAAGUGGCACUCAUCAAUCUAUAAGUGCCACCCAGGGUGGACCAGUGUUGAGACCACUUUAACAUCCCUUGUCUUUGUGAAGUACUUGGAAUUGUAUAGUUUAAUUCACGAUUAAGGUCCCCAUGUUUUGACAAAUGGCACCCCCAUAAUGUUGGCACCCAGGGCAAAACCCACUUCAUGAGGAUCUGAUGGUGAUGAGAAUCGAUGUAAAUCACUGGCUUUGGCCUAGGGAGUGUAAAUGUGUAAAUCCUGAUUUUACCCCUUUGUAUCAUGACCAGCAGAAAACCAUGUCUUAUGUUCAGAAUGUGUGUUUUUUCCUCAACUUUCACCCCAUUACCAAAAAAUUAACUCAGACUUCCAUGCUUUAAGAAGUAUCUCCUCAAAAUUUCCUUUUAAAUAUUUGAACUGGGCUUAGUUUAUUUGUUUUCCUUAAUUUCAAAUUCGUUUCGGAUUAUUAAAAUGACAAUUACUUUUUUUUACUUAUCUUUUUUUAAUUAUUAAUCUUUACCAUAACCUUUUAGUUGGUUAUCUGCAUUAGAAAAUUUAAACAGAAUAUUUUAAAUAUUUUUUUCUAACUUCGUUGCAAUACAAAUUUAUGACAGUUGUUAAUAAUAAGUUGUUGAUAGUAAAUUGUUGACGGUAAAGACCCAUAUAAAUAUGUAAUAUUGUUGAUUAAAUGUUAAUGUUUGAAUUUUAUAAAUUGAUGAUUGGCUUGAAGGAAUUUCUAUAAUAAAAUGACUUAAUAAUUAUG